CUUGUAUGUGAGUGCUCACAAAAUUAAAACAAAUAGUGAAACUAAGGUGGGUUAAGGAAAGAUGAAAUCUAUUAUAAAGUUUGUUUUGGUACAGUUUAGUUGCGUGUAAUCUCUGUCUGAGGAGACUCGUGUGUGUGAAGCUCUCAGCUGUGUGUGUGUGUGUGAGAGAGAAGCUUUGACGUCUCAGGUGUGUGUGUCAGGUCUGAAGUGAUCAUUUGAACCUUUGGUUUCCCCAGAGGAAGAAGAUCAGAUCAUCAUGGCUUCAAAGAAAAGUGAAUUAAAGAAAAAUGAGAAACAGGUGGAUAAAACUGAAAAAGCCUUAGCUGCUGAGAAAGAACAAUUCAUCAAACUACAGCUACACAGCAUCACAAAGUCCAUCACCAGUGCAGAGGCUCCUAUCAAAGAGAAAUAUGGACGCAACAUCAUUUUAGGGACAUAUAAGGAAGGAGGUGCCGUCACAUUCUGGUCUCACACCGUCAGUCUGCCGCUGUCCAGUAACGCCAUCCUGAGCUGGAAAUUCUGCCACAUGGUGCACAAACUGCUUCGAGACGGACACCCCAAUACGCUGCGAGACAGCAGAGGUCAAACCACCAGCAUCAGACAAAUGGGAAUAUUAUGGGGGAAUCUACAUGAUAGAUAUGGACAUAUAGUUGCUUUGUAUGCCAAGCUGCUGUGCAUCAAGAUCGACUUUCAUUUAAAGCAUCUGGAAAUCCCACCAAAUCUUGAAACCCCAGAGGAAGUUCUGGAUAAAUCCAUCGCCAUUGACAUCAAUAAAGUGUUUGACAUGACCGGUGAAGUUCUUGACUACAUGGAGGCAGGACUGAAGCUGCAAGAAACCGUCUUCCGUCAGAUGGAGUCUAAUUCCACCAGUUCCACCACAGCAGUGGGUCAGUGUCGUCUGGCACCGCUGGUUCCGGUCAUUCAGGACUGCGGUCCGCUUUAUCACUUCCUGGUCAAACUUCUGUUUAAGCUGCACAGCCGAAUACCUGUGGACGCUCUGUUGGGACACAGGGAACGAUUCCGGGAUCAGUUCAACAGCCUGACGCAGUUUUUCGAGCGAGCGAGAGGCAUGGAGUUUUUUAAGAGUAUCAUUCAAAUCCCAGAUCUUCCCAGUGAGCCCCCAAACUUCCUGCGAGCGGCUGCUUAUUCAGAUCACGUGAAGCCGGUGGUGGUUCAGAAUCACAGAAUGACUGAAGACGACGACACUGACACUCAACUGGACUUUAAUGAAGGACAGUCGUAUCAAAUGUAUUAUGGUUACAACCACUUUGAUCCUACAAGUGAUAUACCAGAGCAAAGGGAGACGGAAGCGGACAGUCUCAGGAAAGAACUUGAGAUGGUGAAACCAGAACUGGAGUUAAUGAAAGUGGAGGCUCAGCGUGCCGUGGUCCAGCUCAAGACGCAGGUGAAUAAACUGGAGGCGGAGCUGGAGGACCAGCGCACGCACAAGCAGAUGGCGAUGGUGGAGAACGAGCGUCUGCGCAUGGAGAUGGAUGCUCUGAGGACGCAGACGGCAGUCGCAGCCAGCCUACAGGCCACGGUCGAGGACGCGGGCAGCAGAGCUCAGACCGCUCAGAUGCAUUUCACCCGACUCAAAGAGAAACAUGCCGAACUGGUCAGCAAACAUGCUGACCUCAUGCGGAAGAACGCAGAGAUGGUGAAGCAGAUCAACAGCACUCAGCAGGCUCAAGGAGAGCUUGUGACGGCCCGACAGCUGACGGCUGAGAUCGAGAACAGCGCUACUCUGGAGGCACAGAGAGCAGAAAUCGAACGGCUAAAGAACGAGUUACAGACCGAAAGAGCUGAAAAGUCACAAGUCCAUAAUGCUUUGCAGAGCAAAGAGAAGACAGGAGAUCAGUUGAGCAGUGUGUUAGUGGGUCUCCAGGUGGAGAAAGAGGCUCUUCUGCGUACAAUUAAAGAACAGGAGGCUGAAAUCGCCACCUUGCGUCAGGCCGUUCAGCUCCAUCAGACCUCACUGCAGCAGGAGAGAGAGACACAUCAGAGAGAGAUGACAGCACUGCACAACCAACUACAGGAGAAAAUGUGUCGAGAACAGGAGCAGCAGAUGGAGAUGGAGAAGCUGAGACGAGAGCUGGCGGAGAAGCGAGCGGAGGUGUUGAGAGCUCAGAGCGCUCUGACCACUAAAGAGACGGCAGGAGAUCAGCUGAGCAGAGUGUUGGUGGGUCUGCAAGCGGAGAAAGAAGAUCUUCUGCGGUCGGUGAAAGAACAGGAGGCUGAAAUCUCUACCCUGCGUCAGGCCGCACAGCUCUAUCAGGAUGCUCUGUUGCAGGAGAGAGACAGAAGUCAGAGAGAAAUGGCAACACUCCACAACCAAAUGCAGGCCAAGUUGAGUCUGGAUUCAGGAGCGUUGAAGCAGAAGUUACAGGAUGAGCAGUUCAGUCUGUUGCAGUGCGCUGUGGUUGAGGCCGAGGGUAUCGUACUGGACGCAGUGGCCAAACUGGACGAUCCGGUUCAUGUGCGCUGCAUCAGCACGCCAGAUUAUUUGAUCAAUCGGGCUGAGCUGACAUUGGCAUCCAUUGAUAAAAUGCAGCAGAGUCACGCGGGAUAUUUGAGAAACAUGGAGGAUGCCAGCGGUAUGUUGAGGUCGGUCACUCAGUUCUCUCACCUCAUCGCUGACACCAUUGUGAACGGAGCGGGCGCCGCACAUUCGGCACCGACGGACCAAGCAGACCGUUUGACAGAUAACUGCAGGGAUUGUGCGACCCACUGCCUUCAGUUUUUAAAAGAGCUCAAGUUGAAGGCCACCCUCCCGAGAGCAGACCCCACUGGCGUCCGCUGCAUGGUCCAGCGCAUCCUCAACCAAGGCCAGGACCUGCUGCCCAGAGGCGCAGAUGUACGGAAGGAAGAGCUCGCUGAUAUGGUGGAUAAGGAAAUGGCUGCAACUUCCUCUGCCAUUGAAGACGCUGUGCUGAGGAUGGAUGAAAUACUGAGUCAGGCGAGGAGAGACACCUAUGGAAUCAAACUGGAAGUGAAUCAAAGCAUCAUUGGCUCCUGCUCGGAUCUAAUGAAGGCCAUACAUAUGUUGGUAACGGCCGCCACUGACCUACAGAGAGACAUUGUGGAGAGUGGACGGGGUGCCGGCUCCGUCAAAGAUUUCUAUGCUAAAAACUCCCGCUGGACAGAGGGUCUCAUUUCCGCCUCAAAGGCUGUGGGAUGGGGCGCUACACAGAUGCUAGAAUCAGCUGAUAAAGUGGUGACAGACAGAGGAAAAUAUGAAGAAUUGAUCGUCUGCUCUCAUGAGAUCGCCGCCAGUACGGCUCAGCUCGUCGCUGCCUCAAAGGUAAAGGCAGAUCGAGGAAACAAGAAGCUUCUAACGUUAAAACACGCCUCCAGGCACGUGAAUGACAUGGCCGCUGUUGUAGUGAAGUCUACUAAGGCAGGACAAAUGCAGAUUGAGGAAAAAGACUCUAUGGACUUUUCGGGCUUGUCUCUCAUAAAGCUCAAAACUGAGGAGAUGGACUCUCAGGUGAAAGUGUUAGAGUUGGAGAACCAGCUGACACACGAGCGCGUCCGGUUGGGAGAACUCAGGAGGAAACACUACGAAAUGGGCGGAAUUCCAUUGGACUCAGCUUCAGGGUCAGCAAUGAAUGAUUUUGACAGUUCACUUCCUACAGUCUUUCCUGACCCGCCCACGAUGGAGCUGCCCAGUCUGGAACCGUACGGACCGGACUCGACGAAAUUAGAACCACUAAGACUCAACCCACCCCGACUGGAACCGGCGAGAUCAGAACCGCCAGCGCCAGAACCUGUCAAAAACACGAACUCUAAACGAACGUUCUUUCAUAAAUUUAGGAAGCCUCCCCAAUAACGCUUUGAGUAUUAAAACUGCUCGUCUGUGACUCAUAUGUUACAUUACAUUGACAUUCAGAUUUCGAGUCGUUUGUCCUGAAUGUCUUCCACAGUUUAGAGCCCGAGACACAGAUGUGUGAAGAAGCCAUGAAAAAAUGCAUUAUUCUGGAAGAUAUUUCUAUAUUUUUGUCAUUGGAGCUUUUGUAUUCUAUUUUGUCAGUGUCCUGAGAGACAGUGAGGUUUGAGUUAAAAACCUGAACAUUUAACUCUUUAUUUAACAAACCGAAAUUAAAGAAGUUAUAGAUGUUAUCAUCUUGAGCCAGGAUUCUUCAUUCGUAACUGCAUUAUUAACCUAAAGUACCCCAUUAGAUUUGAAAAAUCUUUACAUCAUUUGCAUUAUUUGUCUAUUUAAUUAUUUAAUCUAAUGAAUUUAAACUAAUGUAAUGUGUUUGUAAAAUUAUGUAAAUGCUGCAUUUUUUUUAUGUGGUAAUAAAAACCAUUUGUAUUUUGGUGUAAAUUAUCUUUUUUUUAGUUUUUGUACUUGUUAGCAAAUUGCUAAUUAUGUCAGAUGUUGAAAUAUGAAAUGUAAUUAGGCUGAUAUGUUACCUCACAAACAUCUUUGUUUGUUUUAAGAAAGUCAUAGAUGCACUGAUCUGACACAUUGUUUAAUGCAUGUCUAAACUACGAAGACCAUAGUUAAACCGUGAUAAAUGAAAGUACUGUCAGAAUUAUAAUAAAAUGAAUAUAUAUAUAUGUAUAUUACAGUUAGAAUUACAGUUAUUAUUAUAUUCAUUUAAUACGAAGUUUGGGAAAUAAAUACAUAAA